CGUCUCCCAUAAGUAAUUACCUACCGAGCAUCCACAAUAAUUAUGUUCUGUAGCACAAGAAGACUUUCAAAACUCUUUUACUGCAAAAAUGGUUACAAGUGAUAAUCAAAUAGUUGAAGAGAUUGAUUGUGUUGAAGAGAUCGUGAAAAGGGACCCUUCAUUUGUUCCAAAACGAUACAUUCUGACCGAAAAUGAUGCAUCGAAAGAUAUGGAACUACCACUUCUUUCUGCAGAAGUCCCCGUCAUUGACUUGGCAUUGCUUUCACUAGGCCAGGAGGAAGAGCUCAAGAAACUCGAUGAGGCCUGCAAGUCCUGGGGCUUCUUUUUGGUGAUCAAUCAUGGAAUGGACGAAGGAGUGCUAGAGGAUAUGAAGACAGCUGCAUCUGAAUUCUUCAAGCUUCCACUUGAAGAUAAGAUGAGAUACCCGUUUGAUCCGCUCGCCAUAGAAGGUUAUGGUAGACCUUACCCUGUCACUGAAGAUCAGACGGUUGACUGGUCUGAUUCACUAAUGUUCCGUCUAUUCCCAGUGCGCGGUAGGAAGCUUGAGUUAUGGCCUGGCAAACCAGCAGAACUCAGAGGGGCUAUUGAAGCAUACUCUGCGGAAGUGGGAACUGUUAGCAAAAAACUCCUUGGUUCUUUAUCCUUAAUCAUGGGGAUGGAAAGUAAUGAGCUUCCUGAACUACACAAGGAAAUGCAGAUAUCUAUGAGAGUGAAUUACUAUCCUGUUUGCUGCGAGCCUGAGAAAGUGAUGGGGAUGAGUCCACACUCUGAUGCAACCACCAUAACCAUUCUUCUGCAGGAUAACGACGUCAAUGGAUUGCAGAUUCGUCAUGAUGGAGGAUGGGUCCCAGUGAAACCAGUACCGAACUCACUGAUUGUCAAUGUCGGAGAUGUGUUAGAGAUUUGGAGCAACGGGAGGUACAAAAGCAUAGAACAUAGAGCAAUAACGAAUGGAACAAGAGCAAGGAUCUCGUAUGCAUCGUUUGUGACUCCACAAAUGGAAGUAGAAGUGGAGCCGCUGAAGCAGAUGUUAGAUGACUCACAGCAACAUAAACUAUACAAGAAGGUCACUUACGAAGAUUAUUUAAGGCAGAGUCUCCAAAGCAAACUAGAAGGAAAAUCAUAUCUUGCAAAUUAUGCUUCAUAAGCAGAAGCCUCAGUUCUCGGAAUUCUGCCUGUCAACUGGCCAGUAAUAAAGCACAUUGCUGUCACAAAUAUGUAUCCACUUCUGCGAGCCAAGAGAUACAAUAGCAAUAACAAAUUGCGCUCAGUGUCUUGGUUUGCUCCGUUUUACUCUUCGUUCUUGUAAUUGCAUUUUAAUAGAGAUAUCAAUCCUUAAAAACUUUUGUUUAAUAAAGAAUUCAUUAUCAGAACA